UUUUGUUGCUUUGGUUUUUCUCCCCUCCAUAUUGUCCCCUUUCUCGGUCUGUUUUCAGAAACCUUGAUUGAAAAGUUAAAAUUAAAUACGAGGACUAAAAGGUCAUUGCCAGUCUUAUCUGGCCCAAGAUGGCCGAAUCACCAGAGCAAGAGUUACCAUCUCGGACCUCGAAGGCCGAAACUCUAGUCCAAGAGAAAGGAUACGAUGUGGCUGACAGCAGUAUCGCCGAAGAUGAGGCACGUAAUCCUCGGAACUGGAGUCCAUGGAAAAAGCGCCUGGUAUUUUUGUCAUUAAUGUCGAGCUCUAUCCUGGCUGAUGGUGGAAUGACAUGGGGCGCCACUUUGAUCGUUCCUCAGGCUAUGGAAUGGGGCGUAAGCGUCAACUACUCGGCCACCAGUAUGAACUACGGAAUGUUGCUACAGGGAGUUGGAGGAUUAAUGGCGAUUCCCUUGAUCGAAGCUUUCGGUCGCCUUCCCGUUUGGCUAUGGCCGCAAUUCAUCACCACGUUCAUGGUGCUUGGUGCUACGCUCUCGAAUAACUACGAUACCUUUACCGCAUUUCGCUCUCUGCAGGGGCUAUUUGGUACCGUUCCUCAAGUUGUUGGGCUUCCGAUCAUUCACGAUAUGUAUGAUCCUGAAGAGUGGCCUCACAUGAUCAAUAUCUGGGGAACUACAUUUUUAAUCGGACCUUUCCUCGGUCCUGCGAUCGCAGGAUAUAUCGGUGCCGGAAGCGACUGGAAGACAUCUUUCGGAAUCCUGACUCUCUUCUACGGCCUUUCCACUAUUUUGAUUUUCCUAUUCGGAUACGAAACUUACUUCGUCAGAGGCCAAGAAUGUCAACGUAACUCUCGCAUUCUUUCGAUGCUCGGCAUUAAAAACCACAACUUGCCAGUAUUUUCGACGAUCGCGUACUGGAGCAAAACGCUUGUUGUUUAUAUUUUCAAGUUUCCGCUUCUUAUGACUGGAAUUUCGACAAUGGUUAACUUUUGCUGGCCUAUUGGAAUCACCGUCACCGUGUCCACAUUCGUUGCUCAACCUCCCUAUCUUUUCGACACCGUCGAAUCUGCCUCUUUACGAUGGGCUCCAAUUAUCGGCGGUCUUCUCGGCUACGCCUUCGGCUACUGGUUCAACGAGUGGAUCCACAAGUCCCGCAAUCCCCAGCGCAGCUGGUAUCCCGAGGUCCGGCUCCACGGUCUCUGGGUGGCGAUCGGCGUCAUGGCCUGCGGCCUUCUCACCUACGGCUUGACAUUGCAUUUCCAUAAGCACUGGAUCGGCUUGGCGUUCGGUUGGUUGAUGGUUGUUUUCGGGAUGAUUUCAAGUAUUGUGUCAAUCACAGCAUACGCUCUCGAAAAAUACCCCGACCAAGCCACGGUCGUCUCGGCUAUUAUCAACGCCUGGCGCACGGCGAGUGGUUUCGCAGUGGGAUAUUUCCAGCCGGCGUGGAUUGCGCGGAACGGAAUCGCCGCGGUAUUUGGGACGCAGAUUGCGGUCGUCGUCGCGGUUUUGGUUCUUACUAUUACACCGGUGAUUGUGGUUGAGGGGAGGAAAUCAAGGGCGAAGUAA